UUAAUGUUCAAAAUAUUGUACAUAUUGGGACUGCAAUUGGGGACUGCAAAAAGUAGAAAGAUUCAAAAGCAUGCAAUGGAUCGGAGGGAUCGGAGUAAAGAACCGCCAUGGCCGCCGGUGCUCUGCAACUGCAGAUUCUCCUCGUCUUACUCAUUCUCAUCUCGUUGUUCAUAUCCGGAGCUACGACGGACUCCGUUUCCCGUUCAGAUUCAUCGUUAUUCCGGCGUUCGCACCGUUGCCGGAGCAGUACUCGUACGACGCUCAACUUUAUGCGCCUCCAGUCUUCGAGAACAUUCUGCGUGCUCUAGGUUUCGAGGAGCUGUCCGCUGCCGCCGCCAGCGCUAAUCUCUCAACCGGCGCUCCGAUCACCAUCUUCGCCCCGGCUGAUUCAUCGAUUCUCACAUGCCGCUCGUGCGUUCUGCGGCUGCUUCUACACGAGCGCUCUGUUCCUGGACUCUAUCCGCUCGAAUUCCUUCGGAGUACAGGAAAGGGGAAGGAAUACAGCGGAAAGAAGAAGGAAAGAAAGUCGUCGUCAAAGGGUGCAAGGCCGGAUGAUGUCUGUAAUUACUGCAAAGAACCAGGGCAUUGGAAGUUUGAUUGUCCUAAGCAGAAGAUGCAGAAAAAGGACAAGAUCGAGGAUGCUCACGGUUCUGCAACUAUGGCAGAAGCUGAUGAUACAAACUCUGAAGAAGAUCUGGUUCUAUUUGUCAAUAACCAAACACAUUGUAAGGAUGUGUGGGUUCUUGAUUCUGGGGCGUCGUAUCAUAUUAGUCNGCAUUGGAAGUUUGAUUGUCCUAAGCAGAAGAUGCAGAAAAAGGACAAGAUCGAGGAUGCUCACGGUUCUGCAACUAUGGCAGAAGCUGAUGAUACAAACUCUGAAGAAGAUCUGGUUCUAUUUGUCAAUAACCAAACACAUUUGACAUUUGUGUCUUUUGGUUGGACUUCUGGUACCUAUGGUACAUUUGGUCACUUCAGGAAGGAAAUCUGGAGAUGCGUGAAUUAUGAUGCUCACCUAGUGGCUCGGGAAGUUAGUUCUAUGUCUGAUCUAGUGGAAUGGGAUGUCAUUCCACCUUCUUUUCUUGUUGACACUAUUUCUGCUGAGAUCAGAUGAUGAGUGAGUUUUCUUUGUUAAAAUAUACUCCCUCUGUCCACCAUAGGUCUUCCCAGACACUAUUCACAGGGUCAAAUUUUACUCACUUUGUUUGCUCAAUUUUACUAAUCAUUUCAUAAAAUAAUAUAGUCUUGUCACCUCUAGUUUUGUAGAACUUUUCAUGUAGUUUAUUACUAUAUAAAUUUUAUUUUAAAAUUUUACUCCUAUAAUCAAUUAAAUUGAAUUGA